AUGGCCAGAAACCCUGGGCUGGGAAGUGUAUCUCUGGAUUUCUUACUAGAACUACGAUGCGGUGGUUCUUUCGAAAAGUCACCAGUAUCACUCCUACGCCCUCCCCGCUAUGAAUAUCAACCGCUGCCCAGUCAAAGGCAUGUCCGUCUGCUUGAACUGCAAAAAUCAGCCUCUGACAACCUCGUAUCCUACCGUCUGGUCCCAUAUCUGUUGGACGACUUACCCCCAUAUGAAGCCCUCUCGUAUACAUGGGGUGAUGGCAAGCCAGCCAGUACAAUAUUUAUGGACGGUACGUGGUUCGGUGUAACCACCAAUGUGCAGGAUUUUCUCUCUCGACUGAAGGAUUUUCCUUUUGGUACCGGUUAUAUCUGGAUCGAUGCCAUUUGCAUCAAUCAAGCAGACAACCAUGAGAAAGUGGGCCAAAUCCAGAUGAUGGGCGAGAUCUACCACCGAGCGUCCAAUGUUAUUGUAUGGCUUGGGGAGUCAGAUGAUGCGACAGCGGCAAUGAACCUCGUCCGUAGAAUAUCACACGGGAUGCGAGAAGUUUCCCCAUUUUGGGUGGUGCACCCAAUUAUUCGAGUAAUCAAGUUCCUAACACGAGUCUUUCAAUCCGUUGCAUCGGAGAGUAUUCAAGAUAGGAUGAUUGCUUUCAUGGGUCCUCUGAUGCGUUUUUGGGUCAAGCAUCAAACAUCGGUGCCUUGGGGGCUAAUAGCUAAGCUUGUUACCCCUCUAACAACAGCUAAGCGUCUGCUCAGACGAGCUCUUCCAGAGAGCAAAACCGUCGACCCCGAAUGGCACGCGCUUAUAAAUCUCCUCCACCAUCCGUGGUUUGAAAGAAUCUGGGUCAGACAAGAGGCUGUCUUUGCAUCCGCAAUCACUGUUAUGUAUGGCCCUGAGCUAAUACAUUGGCAAUCAUUAAAUAGUGUUGUAGAGGCGCUUUGUUCCACCUGGAUGUCGAAAGAAUAUACAACCCUCACAACCGCCGAGGCCACUUUCGCACGAAGGUCUUUACCAUCGGAAAUGAUACACCUUCGUCAAAUAGAGAACAUGAGGAGUAUUGAAGGAACAGCUGGAAUCAAACAAUCACUAUUCGACCUACUAUUUCGCUUCUCCAGGUGCAAAUCUACAAACCGAAAGGAUAAGGUAUUUGCCCUAAUGGGACUUUCUCACGAAGCUGAACGGGACCGAAUUCUAUUUGGUGGUUUAUUGCGAAUCUGUCCAUCUUUACCAACGGCAAUUGAUUACGACAAAUCCGAUCGGGAUGUGUUUGUCGAGACAGCGCAAAAUAUGCUGACCCGCGAGGCUUCUGCCUUUCGUGUACCCCUGGACAUUCUACCUUUUGCCGGAAUCGGCUAUCCCACAGAAGUGCAAAAUCUCCCUUCGUGGACUCCAGAUUGGAGUUGUAUUCCGCCAGCAUACACGCUUGCAUAUCACCUCGCCGGUGAAAUAUACAGUUAUCGAGCCUCUGGAAAGCACUCCGACCCCUACGUGUACAAUGGUCCGGAAGGCAGCGAGUUGAUCCUAGCCGCGACUGGCGUCCCCGUGGAAUCACAAAAGUUACUUGGGAUGAUGCCUGGCAGGACGACUUCUCCAUAUGUGCGUCUUGGUUCGGUUCCGGACAGCAUAGAAAUCGAGGCAAUCAUCCUUGGAGAAGCUGCCCACUUGAGUCCUGCCUGGGAAAUGGACCUUGUGAAUCAAGACACUGCCAGCUGUCUUCUUGAUGCAAUCAAAUGGCGACAAGAGGGGGUUGAACUUGUGACCAAAUGGGCGACUGACCCGUACUUUACUGGAGAGGUUCUCCCGGAGGCUUUUUGGCGGACUCUUAUUGGGAACAGAUGUCCAACUGAAAGGCCUGCGCCACCUAUCUAUCAACAGCAUGGAAACAAUCUUGAGGUCACUCAGCAGAUUCUCAAAAGCCGCCUGAAUGGAGAAGACCUCGGUGAUAUUACAGAACUUCUGUCUGCCGAAUUUCCGGCGGCGAUGUUUGAGGAUGUGCGGGAACAAAUACUGGACUCUUUUUUCCUACCGUACGCCGUUGCCAUGAAUCAAUGUUCAUUGCAUAGGAGAUUAUGUGUGACAAACAAUGGAUUGAUGGCACUUGUUCCUGCGGGUACGAAGGAAGGGGAUGUGGUAUGCGUGGUUCGAGGCGCGCAAACCCCCUUUAUACUUCGUCCGGUCGAAGGGUGGACUUGCCAGCUGGUAGGAGAAUGUUAUGUUCACGGCAUAAUGGACGGAGAAAUGAUGAACGAGGAGUACCUGAAGACUAUUCUGAUAAUAUGA